AUGCCAAAAAUACACAAGAAUUCUUCUGUGACAAUCAUGUCCAGUGAAAGAGCAAAAGAUUCUACAGAAGGAUCGUCACGAUCUGCCGGUGAUCAGCAGCAGCAACAACCAGCACCGGUGAGCCGAUACGAAUCGCAGAAACGGAGAGAUUGGAACACUUUUGGACAGUACUUGAAGAAUCAGAGGCCUCCAGUUUCUCUUUCACAGUGCAACUGUAACCAUGUUCUAGAAUUCCUUCGGUAUCUUGAUCAGUUUGGAAAGACUAAGGUUCACUUACCUGGGUGUGUCUUUUUCGGACAACCCGAACCGCCUGGUCCAUGUACCUGUCCUCUCAGGCAAGCCUGGGGAAGCCUCGAUGCACUAAUCGGAAGGCUUAGGGCUGCAUAUGAAGAGAACGGCGGGUCACAGGAAUCAAACCCUUUUGGCAAUGGAGCUAUUCGUGUUUAUUUACGCGAAGUUAAGGAUUGUCAAAGUAAGGCGAGAGGAAUACCCUAUAAGAAGAAAAAGAAGAAGAAGAUUCAAAUCAAGGUUAACGACGAAGUGAAGCCUUCGAAGCAGCCCACUUAG